CAUACGUGAGGAAUGCAAUUAGGGAUAUGGUUGUCCGUGGUGCACCUGCAAUUGCGAUAGCGGCAGCCCUCUCCUUAGCUGUAGAAGUGUUUAACCUUGAUUUUGCUGGGACAUCAGGGGAUGCAGCUUCUUUCCUUGUCAAGAAAUUGGAGUACCUUGUUUCUAGCCGACCAACCGCUGUAAAUCUAUCAGAUGCUUCAACAAAACUUCAAAAUAUUGUGUCAAAGACUGCCAAGACUGCUACUGAGGCCAAAACUGUUUUUCAGGCAUAUAUUGAUGCUGCUGAAACCAUGCUUACUGAUGAUGUUGCUGAUAACAAAGCAAUUGGGUUUCAUGGAGCUAGCUUUCUUCCAUGCCAGCUAAAAGACUCAGGAAAGCUGUCUGUUUUAACUCAUUGUAACACUGGCAGUCUUGCAACUGCUGGAUAUGGAACUGCAUUGGGGGUUAUCCGUGCCCUUCAUGCUGGAGGAUCUUUAGAAACAGCCUUCUGCACUGAAACACGACCAUUUAACCAGGGAUCCAGGCUCACAGCCUUUGAAUUAGUUCAUGAUGAGAUACCUGCAACUUUGAUAACAGAUUCUGCUGCUGCUGCACUGAUGAAAGCUGGCCGUGUUAAUGCAGUCAUUGUGGGGGCUGAUCGUAUUGCUGCAAAUGGUGAUACUGCCAACAAAAUUGGAACCUACAGCCUUGCUGUUUCUGCAUCAUAUCAUGGGAUACCAUUUUAUGUGGCAGCACCUAUAACUUCUAUUGAUCUCUCACUUUCAUCUGGGCAACAAAUUGUUAUAGAGGAAAGAUCACCGAAAGAGUUGUUAUGUUCUGAUGGAGGACUUGGAAAGCAAGUAGCUGCAUCUGGGAUUGCUGUCUGGAACCCAGCAUUUGAUAUUACCCCAGCUAAUCUGAUGACAGCUAUUAUAACAGAAAAGGGUGUCAUCACAAAGGCCACUGCCGAUGCUUUUGAUAUAAAGGGUUUUAUACAGAAAGCACAAGGUAACGACAUCGAAUAGAGAGUUUUUUGUUUGAUGGGCACAUGGAGAAGAGCUGCUGAUAUGAGCAUUUUCCAACAAGGUAUGCAUCAAUGCUGGUGCUCCAUGGAGCUCUCUUGUUCUUGGAUGAAACAAAAACAUCUGGCUUAGCUUUCCUUUUCUUUUCCCUGUUUUUUAAUGAGUCUUGUAGUCCUGUUGCAUAAAAUAUAACAUUGUGGAUGUAUGUAUACUGAAUUAGGCUUAAUACAAUGGAUCAUUGCCAGAUAUUGUUCUUGUAAGUUAUGAACUGAGCUCACUCAACUGCAGAGUACUUGAUUGGUCCAAAAAGUAUUUGAAUAUGUUCCUAGCACCAUGAAACAUUUCUGGGAUAUAUAUUUCGGCCAUAGGCUGUUUUGCUUAAA